AUGAGCUUCGACAAAGACCCUAAGAAGACGCUUGAAGAGGACGAUGAGUUCGAGGACUUCCCAGUUGACACCUGGCCAGACAGCGAGACGUUGAGAGAAACCAGCAACGUGCAAACCAAUCUUUGGCAAGAGGACUGGGAUGAUGUCGAAGUGGACGACGACUUUACGAAAGAGUUGCAAGCCGAGUUAGAGAAGCGCCAACAGUAG